AUGAAAGCAGACAUAGCAAAAAAAUAUGAUGUUUGUAAAAGAUUUAAAUUCUCUUGCAUUUCAGAUCGCCUUCAUUUUGCAAUUCUCUGCCAAAAACCAAAGAGUGGAGCUGCAAAUACCCAUUAUUUCUGCAUAGAUGAUGAACUUGUAUAUGAGAAUUUCUAUGCAGAUUUUGGACCGCUCAAUCUGGCAAUGGUCUACAGAUACUGCUGCAAGCUGAAUAAGAAAUUAAAGUCAUUAUCAUUGAUAAGGAAGAAAAUAAUUCAUUAUACUGGCUUUGAUCAGAAAAAACAAGCAAAUGCUGCAUUCCUCAUAGGCUCUUACGCAAUAAUAUACCUGAGAGAAUCUCCAGAGGAUGUGUACAGGCUUUUAUUGGCCGGAAACAUUUCAUAUCUUCCCUUCAGGGAUGCUUCAUUUGGUACUUGCAGUUUUCAUCUAACAUUGCUGGAUUGUUUUCAUGCAAUAAACAAGGCUUUGCGGUAUGGUUUCCUGGAUUUCAAUGUGUUUGAUGUAAAUGAGUAUGAGCAUUACGAGAGAGCAGAAAAUGGAGAUUUUAACUGGAUUAUACCAAACAAAUUCAUUGCCUUCAGUGGACCUCAUUCAAGAAGUAAAAUUGAAAAUGACUAUCCCCACCAUGCUCCAGAGGCUUACUUCCCGUAUUUCAAGAAACAUAAAGUCACCACUAUAAUACGCCUCAACAAAAAGCUAUAUGAUGCCAAACGAUUUACAGAUGCUGGAUUUCAGCAUUAUGACCUCUUCUUUGCUGAUGGAAGCAUACCUAGUGAUACUAUAGUUAAAACAUUUCUAAAUAUUUGUGAAAGUGCUGAAGGUGUUAUAGCCGUUCAUUGCAAAGCUGGUCUUGGGCGAACUGGCACGCUUAUAGCCUGUUAUAUUAUGAAGCAUUACCGGAUGACAGCUGCUGAAACUAUUGCCUGGAUUAGAAUAAAUAGACCUGGUUCAGUGAUUGGACCACAGCAACACUUCCUGACGGGGAAACAGGCAGAACUUUGGACAGAGGGAGAUAUUUUCCGUGCAAAGUUGAAGGAAAACCGUAAUAUUGCUGUAACAAAAAUCCUGUCAGGAGUAGAUGAUAUUUCAAUUAAUGAUGUGAAAAACAGGAGAGCCAUCCGAAAGGACAUUGAACUGUACAGUGAUGAAGACGAAACAAACUGUGUAACGCAGGGUGAUAAACUUCGUGCUCUGAAAAGUAGAAGGCAGGCAAAAACCGCAGCCACAUCUCCGCUAACAGUAAUUCUACAGUCCAGUGUUCAGAAAACUAAAACCUCUGAACCUAGCAUUUCUGACUGUACAGACAUUACUAAAAGAACUACCAGGUCUGCUGCAAGAAAAAACAGUUUAAAAAGUCUGAUACCUCAGAGGGAGAGAAGGAAAAGGAAUGCUUUACAGCAAAUGCGCUUAAUGAAAUUAUGCAGCCAAUCCAUCCCAAGGACUAGAAUGGUAUUGCGUUAAAUUUCAAAUAAGCAACCAGUGUUGAAGAGAUUAUUCAGGAAUGAAAGGGAUAUCACUAGAAAGGACUUAAUGCAAUUCAAAAAAGAAGAUACUUUGCCUCCAUUUUUCAGCAAAGAUUCAACAGAAAAUCUGUCUGUAUUUGUAGAAUAAAAUGAACUGUCAACAUGCUUAAUAGACAGCUUCCUAAUGCGCUAAACACUUCCUCAAACAAAACCAACAAAAUUUAACUGUGUAAAUUUAGGCUCAGGUGUAAAUACCUAAGCUCUCUAUUAUAAAGAGGGCUUGCUAGUAUGUAUGAUGCAUGUGUAUAAAUUGUGAUGGCAAUCACUUAGUUGCUGACCACCAGAAGUGAAAAGAAGGUGGGAGCUUUUAAAAUAUUUCAAUCUGUCUUGUCCAUUCAGAUUGGGCUUGAGUUCAAGUCUCCAACAGAGAGUGAAACUCAAUUGCAAAGGCUUCAUUCCUAUAGUGUGGGCACUCUCCUAUGUUAAUUGGUUGUCCUUUCUUAUUUUGUAUGAAGUUUUUUUAUGAAGCUGUCAUGUUGAGUAUACAAAGUAAUUAUCAUUCACCAAAGAGUGCUUUAUUUUCAAGGGUUAUGUGUUUUCUUUUUUAAACCUAACUAAUGCAAUUAACUUGGUUUUAAUACUAACAGGUUUUCAGUUAUUCACAACCAAUAGCUCUUUUAACUCAUUGAAAUUGCUUUCAAGCUGGUAUGAUGUAAGGGGGAAGAAAAACACUUUACCAUUUAAAGCAGUGCUAUCAUAUUGAAAUGUCAUUACUAUUUCUUUUCUUAUUUACAAGUGUUUUAGCUGAAACUCUUUACCGUAUCUAAAAGUUAAUAAUUUUUCCCAGGUUUUAUUGGUACAUGUGAUAACACUGGAUGUCACUGUUAGCUUUCGAGACAAUAAUGAGCACAACGCACAAAAAAUGGCAAAUAAGAUUGCAGAACCACUGAAAUUGGCACUGGAACUCAGGAGCAGGUAUAGUCCAUCCUGUUAAAACAAGCUAUUUCAAAAUAAGUGUUUAACAUCUGGUUAACACUUCAAAAAGUACAGCUUACCUCUGUUAAAAAGCAGUGUAGUAUGUAGAGGAAUCUGUUGAGAUUUAAAUUUUCUCCCACUGCAAGCCUGCCUUCAAACACCAGCAGCAUUUUUUUGCCCUGUCCUUUUUCACCUUGUGAAAGCUGCAGGCUUACUCCUCCAUGAUGAAUCCUUGGCUGCCAACUUGAAGUUUGUACCCGUAUAUCCCUCAGACUAGAUCUGUUACCACAUAGCCUUAAGUGUAUUCUACUUAUCUAUUGAUUAGGUAACAGUUGUAUUAGAGAGGAGUGAGUAGAAAUGGAGAGAUCUGAAACGUUUUAGCAAUGGACUACUAUCCUAAGUUUUUAAAGACAGCUAUAGAUACAAAUGACUUCUGCAAAGGGGGGAUUUUCUUUCUGUGAAUGUAAGUGGGCAAGUUCAGCGGCUAGUUCUAGGAAAGAAAUUCCUAGAAAUUAAGAUUCCUGUUAGCAGGUUGGUGGUUUUGAAUGCUCAUAUGAGAAAUGCAAACUGGCUUGAAUGCAUCUCUUUGGUAAGGCAGAACAUCAUGAGUUGGAAGGUGGACAGGGUGUGGAAUACAGGUUACAGGUAGGAUCUUUGAAUUUGGACACUGUUCAGCUUUGCAAGUAUGAAUACAAAGAAGACAAAAAAGGCUUGUAUGGAGUGAAAAACAAAGAGCAGGUGAGACUUGAAACCAAAAUAAUUCUUGUUUUCCUCCUAAUCUUCAGAAGAAGCACCUAAAAGAAAGGGACGGAAUUCAGCCUGCUAUUUGAUUAAAGCUUUUUGGCUUU